AUGUCUGUUCAGCUGCCACCAGAAAUAUACGCGCAUAUAUUCGAGGUUGGUGUACACAAAUGGGGAGUAGGCUUCCUGCCCCCACUAUGCUUAACGUGCAGUGAUUGGAACGAAAUCGUUGCAUCCACUCCGCGUUUAUAUGGGAUCAUCGACUUUACACGUUCCAGGCGACGCGGUCUCGUCCAACUCUCCAAAGCCAAAUCGGCGCCUUUGUACCUCACUCUUCCCACGGAACGAAGAAGGUACAAUGAAUGCGAAAAGGAUCUCUUAUCGUUGGUUCACAAUUGGGUCUAUGCCUCGAUUCCUACACGAACGUUGGAAUCCCUCAAGGGAGAAGAUUUGUGCAGCUUGGAGGAAUUGCAUGUCACGUCGUGUGGGGAUAAGGAUUCUCCCAAAGAGAAGUUGUGGGGUGCGGUACCGUCCAAGUUGAGAGUUCUGGGGGCUAACUCUGUCUCUUCUUCGUUGGUGAAGAGCGUGUUGAGCCGAGGUGUGAUUCAAUUCGAGUUCCGCAAUAUCGACCGCUGGGAUGGGUGUACAAACUCCCAAAUUUUCGAGCUGCUCACCCUCAUACCAAACGCGAGCUCAAUCACUUUGGAAUCCCUUUUCCUGCUCGAAGGUCCCCAACCCUCUGGUGAGUCGGUGACGUCGGUACCGAUGGAAAAUUUGCUCAACCUUCAUAUUCAAUCGCUUCGAUGCUUCGCCCUCCACACCUCUCACCUUCGUGCACCCUCAUUGCAGACGUUUCGUCUCAUUGACAGCUACCCUUAUGAUGAGGACCAUAUGCACUGGAAUCUAGUCUUCAUGCAGUGGAGCCAACCGAGUUUUGUUCCCGCGAAUCUUCAUACCCUCGAGAUCCGGUCUUCUUUGCGCGAGACCGAUGUACCAACGUUCAUUCGAUGGCUGACGCUUCUCCCGAACGUCGUGCGACUCAUAGUAGACGACGUCGCCCUCUUCCGGUGCAAGGAAGCCAAUUUAAUGGAGAAACUGGCUUCUCAGCCGGUUGAUGGAGAACACUGGUUCUGUCCGUCUUUGAUGCAACUCUUCGUCGAAGGCGACGUGCAGGUUGUGGAUCUUAUCGCAAUAGCAGGUGCCCGUGGAGGGGUGGUAGAGCCACCAUUCGCCACCACAUCUCGUCCGAGCCGGCUGAGAUUGAUUGAGGCACCUUUGUGUGUCAGUGGAUGGGACGAUGAGAUUGCGGAAUUGAAGCGCCUUGUGGACGAAACACAUUGUUCGUGUUUAAGUUGCGCUCUAGGUCUUUUACGUGUAAUAUUAUCCGUUGAUCUAUUUCAAGUUGUUUGCAUUAAUUUCCAUGCAACCGUGAUUCAGUUAUCCGUCUCCGUCACCACAUACGUCCGCCUGACUUGA